AGAUGGAAUAGACGAUGGAGAAUAUGAAGUAGCAGGCAGCGAGAGUCAUGUGGAGUACAGCAAUCUGGAGGAGAUUCAUCCUUCCCGAGAGAGGGUUGUGCUUUCGUCGGGAUUUCAGCUCCACGAUAUACGUCAGCAGACUAUCAUAUUACACAAGCGAUGAGGAUUUCGAAAACAUGUUCUCGCGGUUUGGCCGUGUGGAGGAAGCUAGGCUUAUCAGGGACGCAAGAACUAAUAGACCUAAAGGCUUUGGCUUUGUGACUUAUGCAUCUGAUGCUGAAGCAGAGAAGGCAAUAAAAUCUAUGGAUGGAAGGAUAUAUGGUGGGAGGCUGAUAUUUGUGGAAUAUGCCAAGUCUGGGUCACAGGAGGACAAAACAUAAUUUUCUCCAGUGGUUUCCAGUUGCUUACAGAGGAUGUUCAUACAAAGAUGGAGAUCAGAUCCCAUCAAUGGGCAUUCUUGUAAAUUCAGAACAUGUCAGAUCCCCAUGUUCUUCUAUAUGUUCGAGCCCCUCUGGCCUCUCCCUGUUGCAUCAUUACCACAAUAAAGCCGCUUUGAUUUCUCUGCUCCCCUGUUCCCUUCCCUUCUCUUCCUUCUCCUCUGCCUCAUCGAUCCACUCUCCCUGCGCUCAUCUGUGUCCGGAGAGGAUGUCUUGUAGGCCUAGUCGUCACCAGAGGAGGGCGUCACAGAGUGUCUUUGUUCUGCCAGAGAGCUUCUCCAUCUCUGAAGCUCCUCCAAUGGAGGUUGGCGAGAAGAAGACUGCGGUGGAAUCGUCUCAGCCAUCGUCUGAACCUGCAGCCCCUUCGCCUCCCCCACCAGCGUUGCCUGGCCAGGAGUUCAAGGAAGCUGUUGCCGAGAAGUAUCGAGACUAAAUCAUGCCCUGCAAGCUCUCCUUGCAACCUUAGAAAUUUCCAUCGAAGUCGGUCAAUUUAAUUUCAUCAGCACUAGUUUCAGUGUUCUUAUGGAACCUCUCAUCCUACUGGUUGAUGGGAUGCAGAAUAAAUGAACCAUUUAUUACUUUGAUGUAUCAAAGUUUCGUAGAAUUCCCUCUGGAUCUGGCAACUUUUA